GGUCUGGCGUUGGAUGGGCUUUCUUUACACAUUCGGAUCAGUGUCGUGCAACGCACAGCGGUGUCAACUUGUCGUCCAGCGCAAAUUUUUAGUGUCAGAACGUACCGUCCCAUCGAAGGCUCCACCACACAAAGCAUCGUUGACCCCAAACCAUAUCACGGAUUACAACACAUAACAACCCCAACUAGACACAAUAGCUGGAGCUCAUAAAGUGCGGAAUAAAGAAUCGAUCCUGCCCACGGCAAUACCAGAAGUCCGUUGCACUGCGAAGACAACAGCUGCCGAGGCGAGAGGGAAGAAUGCCGACCAUUACGGAGGACUGCAUAGAUGGAUUCCAGCAGUACUAUGCCAGGCCACCAGAGAGACCCAAGAAGAAGUCCCUCAAACAGAUGAUAUACGACUCCGAGGAUAACUCUUACUUUGGCCGUUCCAUCGAAAGCUGGGCCAAAAUCGGAAUCUUCUAUGUGGCGUUCUAUGGAGUCCUUGCUGCCCUGGUGGCCAUUUGCAUGUGGGCAUUCUUCCAAACGCUCGAUCCUCGCAUUCCAAAAUGGACACUGGACCGCUCACUGAUCGGCACAAACCCUGGCCUGGGCUUCCGCCCACUACCGCCAGUUGAUAACGUGGAAAGCACUCUGAUUUGGUACAAAGGAACCCAACACGAGAACUACAAGCACUGGACGGAUUCCCUAAAUGAUUUCCUUGCCGUCUACAAAGUACCUGGACUGACUCCUGGACGUGGUCAGAACAUCUACAACUGCGACUACAACCAACCGCCGCCACAGGGUCAGGUGUGCGAUGUGGACAUCAAGUCCUGGGCACCCUGCACCAGGGAAAACAACUACAGCUACCACAAGAGCGCACCCUGCAUUUUCUUGAAGCUUAACAAAAUCUACGGUUGGAUUCCGGAGUAUUACAAUAAUUCCCGGGACUUGCCGGAAUCUAUGCCGCAGAGCUUGAAAACUUAUAUUUCCGAGGUUGAAAAAUCCGAACCCAUCAAGCUAAAUACUAUCUGGGUGUCUUGUGAGGGUGAAAACCCUGCUGACCAAGAAAACAUUGGUGCCAUCAAUUACCUGCCCAUCAGAGGCUUUCCCGGCUACUUCUAUCCGUAUCAGAAUUCUGAGGGCUACUUGAGCCCCCUGGUAGCGGUUCACUUCCAGCGUCCCAAACGUGGCAUUAUCAUUAACGUUGAAUGCAAGGCUUGGGCUCGUAACAUCAUUCAUGAUCGCAAGGACAGGAUCGGUUCCGUGCACUAUGAGCUCCUUAUUGAUUAAUUAUUUUAACUACCUUUUAAAAUAAUGUAGACCAGAAUCUCCGAUGAAAAAUAUCACGGAUCAGAACAAAAGGAUGUGAAAUUUCAUAUAAAGACAAUCCUAUGUGAGAAGCAAGUCACCACCGUUUAACAAAUUUUUAGUUAUCCCGAAAUUCGAAAUUUUAUAAAUUUUAAUAUGUUGAGAGAUGUAUUUUCAAUACGCCAUUUCAAAAUUUUUUAGAUUGUAAUAUCUUGAGAUGUAUUUAGAAUAUUUGAUACAAAAACAAACAACAAUUAGUAAAGGUACUGCCUGAAAUAUAUAUAAAAUUUUUAAUAACAAUCCAUUUUUAUGCACUUUAUAAUGAAGUUUCACGUUAGUAUAUACAGCUUGACACCAAGACACCACUGUUUUGGUGAAAUCAAAUAAAUUAAAAAUAAAUAAAUAAUGAAAAUAAGCAGCUAGGAAUCUCAUUUAGCUUUGUUCGAAAACGAAUGCCACAAAUUUACAAUCAAAUCUAAACUGCCACUUCAAAAUAAUCGACAUAAAAUUUAGAUAUUACAAUUUUUAUCAAAUUGUUAAAAAAAUGGUAUUUUGAAUCUCCUAUAUAACUAACCAAAACAGACCAAUUUUGUCAACCAUAUAGAAUCUUUACAUAGUUAGCUUCAGUCUAUCUCUACCAAUAAAGUAUAAACAUCACAAUGA